AUGGGGGAGUCAGCGAGGAAACUCCACCUCCUGCAAGACCUCCUAGUCGCCGCCGCAGCACCCAUCCUCGCAUACUUCCUCUUCCGCCAGAUCCUCUCCCGCUUCGACCCCGACGCGCCGCAGAAAGAAGAAGCCCGCUCAAAAGCCGACGCCGCAUCCCGCAAGCUCGAAGGGAUAUUAGCCAGCAAAGAGAGCAUAGACGAUGACGAUUUUGAGGACGACGACCGGUGGCGGCGGCCGCGGAAGGAGGACUUGGUGCUCACGCCGUACGAGCAGACGAUAGCGAUGGAGGUCGUCGCGCCGGACGAGAUACCCGUGUCAUUCGAAGACAUCGGCGGCCUCAGCACCAUAAUUGAAGAGCUAAAAGAAUCCGUAAUCUACCCCCUCACCCUCCCACACCUCUACUCCUCCCACUCCUCCCUCCUCUCCGCCCCCUCCGGUGUCCUCCUCUAUGGCCCCCCCGGCUGCGGCAAAACUAUGCUCGCCAAAGCCCUGGCCCAUGAAUCCGGCGCCUGCUUCAUAAACCUGCACAUCAGCACGCUCACCGAGAAGUGGUACGGCGACUCCAACAAGCUGGUGGCCGCCGUCUUCAGCCUCGCGCGCAAGCUGCAGCCCGCGAUUGUGUUCAUCGACGAGAUCGACGCUGUCCUUGGGACGAGGAGGAGUGGCGAGCACGAGGCGAGCGGCAUGGUAAAGGCGGAGUUCAUGACGCACUGGGACGGGCUCAGCAGCGCGAACCGCGCGGGUACGCCCCAGCGCAUCUGCAUCCUCGGCGCCACGAACCGCAUCCAGGACAUCGACGAGGCGAUCCUGCGACGGCUGCCUAAGAAAUUCGCCGUCGGUUUACCGGCCGCGAGGGCACGAAUGCACCUCUUCAACCUGAUUCUCAAGAACACGAAAAUCGAUAGGGAGCGCUUUGAUCUCGACUACCUCGUCCGCGUCUCCGCGGGCAUGAGCGGGAGUGAUAUCAAGGAGGCGUGUCGGGACGCCGCGAUGGGGCCGGUGCGGGAGCUUAUUCGGAAUAAGAAGGCGAGGGGGGAGGCGAUGCGUGCGGUUGACGCGAAGGAGGUUAGGGGAUUAAGGACGGAAGAUUUUUUUGGGCGGAAAGGGGGGGUGAGGCAGAUGCGCGAACCGGAUGACGUGCCGGCGGAUGUGCAGGAGGUGGAUGGGGAUAGGGAUGGGGAUAGUGGGGGGAGGAGCAGUGGAGAGGGGAGUAGUGCGAGCGAGGAGGAAUUCGUCGAGUCGAGCGCGCGAUAA